GGAAGACAGGGUACUACAGGUAAUGCUGCAGAUGUUCGGGGAAUGUUCUAGUUCCUUUGCCUUCAGCCUUCUCCUCACAUGCCUCCUAUUUUUCAGAUUGACCUACAACACUUUCCAAGAUGUCCCAACAAUACAAAUUGCCAGUGACCCUCCCUACUGCCCUUUGUCAAGAGCGCCUCAAGACUUCUUCUCCUCCAGCUGGUUCCCAACAGGAGCAAACAGUGCAGCCAACUCCACUGCCUGCCCCAUGCCAAAACAUGUCCUCUGAAAUUCCAGUGGCAGUCUCCUCAAAGCUUGAGGGGAAACCUGCACAUCCUGUGAAGGGGGAGCCUGAACAAGAGUGCCCACAGCAGGAAGGGCCUCAGAUACAAGAAGUGUAUGUGGGGCAGCAGCCAGAGCCACAGGAACAAGAAGUGCAUGUGAAAAGGCAACAAGAGGAGACACAGGUGAAUGAAGUGCCUGAGGGGCAACAAGGGGAGCCACAAAUACAGGAAGUGCAUGAUGGGAAGCAGGAAGAGCCACCACGGGAGCCGGAAGUGCAUGUGAGACAUCAGCAGGAGGAGUCAAAGCAACAGGAAGUAUAUGAAGGACAGCAGUCAGAACCACAGGUACAGGAAGUGCAUGUGGAACACCAGCAGAAAGAGCCACAAGUACAGGAAGUGCAUGUGGAAGAGUUGCAGAAGGAGCCACAAGUGCAAGAAGUGCAUGUGGAAGAGUUGCAGAAGGAGCCACAAGUGCAAGAAGUGCAUGUGGAAGAGUUGCAGAAGGAGCCACAGGUACAGGAAGUUAAUGUGGAUCACCAACAGCAUUCAGAGUCACAGGAGCCAGAAGUACAUGAGAGACACCAGCAGGAGGAGCCACAGGUAAAGGAAGUGCAUGUAGAACACCAGCAGGAGGAGCCACAGGGACAGGAAGUGCAUGUGGAAGAGUUGCAGAAGGAGCCACAGGGACAGGAAGUGCAUGUGGAACACCAGCAGUCAGAGCCACGGGUACAGGAAGUGCAUGUGGAAGGGUUGCAGAAGGAGCCACAGGUACAGGAAGUGCAUGUGGAACACCAGCAGUCAGAGCCACGGGUACAGGAAGUGCAUGUGGAAGGGUUGCAGAAGGAGCCACAGGUACAGGAAGUGCAUGUGGAGCACCAACAGCAUUCAGAGUCACAGGAGCCAGAAGUACAUGAGAGACACCAGCAGGAGAAGCCACAGGAACAGGAGGUCCAUGUGGAACUGAAGCAGCAACAGGAACAGCAGGAGGGACAUCAUGGUGCAGAAAGCCAGGAGCAGCAGCUUGAGCAAGAGGAAACACAACAGGAGGAGCACCAACAGAGUACACAGCUGGAACAGGAGAAACAGCUCUUGGAUCAGCACCUGGAUCAAGAGCUAGCAAAGAGAGAAGAGCACACAUCAGAAAAAGAACAGGUCUUGGAGCAACCUGAGUUUGUCUCCACAUCCAGUCAGAUGCAAGAGGUACAUCCAGUUCUGCCAGCAGAAAGAGAAGCUUUGCACCCCACAAAGCAGCUGCAGCAAAAGUAG